UCGUUCCCGUUUUCCCCUUUGGGCCCGAUGCUCUCACUGUCAAUGGCUUGCUGACUACGCCGCCUAGGAUUGGGGUCACUUUCAUGAGAUUGUGCCACAUUUUCUGGAGGUGUUAGCGGAUAGUCUCCGGCGGGUAGUAUGCAAAUAUAUAAAGACCGAACCUCCAUAUCACCACAACAUCAAGCUACUCACCUCCCUUCGAAGUGAACCUUAGAAUCCGCCUCAACAUGUCCCCCACCGUCUACCUCGUAUCAGGCGCCAACCGCGGCAUCGGCCUCAGCCUCGUCACCCUCCUCGCCGCCCGCCCGGACACCAUCGUCUUCGCCGGCGCCCGCGACCCCGCCCGCGCCACCGACCUCCAGGCGCUCGCCGCCACCCACCCCACCCGCGUCUACCCUAUCAAACUCAUCUCCGCCGACCGCGCGAGCAACGUCGCCGCCGCGGAGGAGAUCAAGCGGGUUGCUGGCCGCCUGGACGUGGUCAUCGCGAACGCGGCCAUCAGCGAGUGUAUCGAGAACAUGUUGGGGGUGCCCAAGGAGGAGCUUGUGAGGCAUUUUGAGAUCAACAGCGUCGGCCCCCUGGUGCUCUUCCAGGCCGUUUGGCCCCUCCUCAAGACCAGCCCCGCCCCCAAGUUCGUCCCCGUCACCUCGAUGGUCGGCAGCGUCGAGGUCGGCAGCCUGUUCGACAUCGACAACAUCCCGUACGGUACCUCGAAGGCCGCCCUCAACUGGAUCACGCGCAAGCUGCAUCACGAUUUCCCUGAGCUGAUCGCCUUCCCUAUCAACCCCGGCACCGUCGAGACCGACCUCCUCAAGAACGGGCGGAAGGACCCCAAGGUCGUGGAGGCGCUCAAGACAUUGCCGCCUAUCACUCCUGAGGAAAGCGCCAAAAGCAUUCUCGAGCAGGUCGACAAAGCAACUAGGGAGACGCACGGUGGCCAGUUCGUCAAUUAUGUUGGGAACGAGAGGAUCCCCUGGUGAAGGGUAGGAAAUAUUUUGGCGGACUCCUUGGUGAAGAGGACGAUCACCUUGUGAAAGGGACGAUGUUUCUUGAUGAUGGAGUCCAGUAGCACUCGCGUAUCGGUGUGAUCAGCCUCGGUGAUGUAGAAAGACAGGUAGAAGCUUCCGAGUUGCUAGAUUCCUUGUUCGAUUCUAUUGUCUACAAACAAUGCUACGGAGCGAUGAUAUGGC